UAAACUUUGCUUAAAUGCAGGGUAGGACAGGUCAGCAUCCUGAGAGACAAACCGGUCAAGAAGCAUCUGGUUUACAAUCUCCCAUUUGAGUUGCCCUCACACUGGUAAGGCUUGGUUGGCGUCUGUUGUCACUCUCAGUUCAGAAGGCGGGCAGUGGGGCAGGAGCCAAUCAGCGUCGAAGGGGAGGGGGCUUUACGAACUGUCCAAUCAGGUGGCCCGGGGAGGCGGGCUCUGUUUCCUCCUCCGAAAUCCGGACCCGGAGGAGAGUUGAGAGCCGCUCCAGCUGGCUGGGCCGUCUCGCUUUAGGAUGUCUGCCGGCUGCGGGCUGCGUGCGAAGGACCCGGGGAGACCCUCCAGCCACGCAAUGAAGGCAGUGACCUUUGAGGAUGUGGCUGUGAACUUCUCCGUGGAGGAGUGGGCUUUGUUGGUUCCAUCCCAGAAGAAGCUCUACCGAGAUGUGAUGUGGGAAAACUUUAAGAAUGUGACUGCUUUAGGAAGAAAUUGGGAUGACCAGCAAAUUGAAGAUGAGUUCAAAAAUUACAGGAAAACUCUAAGAAGUGCAGAUGUAGAUAAAUGCUGUCAAUAUAAAUUAUGGUAUCAACAUGGAGAAAUGGCUCCUGAUACAAAUGUGCACACGGAGCUGCUUAGUAUAAAACCAGGUGAAAGUCUUGCAUGUGGAAAACCUCCAGUUGGUCAUUCAUCACCAAAGGUGGCCGUCAUACAUAAUAUUGAACUCAAAUCAUGUGAGCUCCAUGGAUUUGAACAGCAGCUGUCUAGCUGUAACACACAUGAGAAAACCCCUACUGACUUUCAGUCCUUUCAGAAACACGCAGAGGCACAUCCUGAAGAAAAACCCUAUGGAUAUAAGCAAUGUGGAAAAUCCUACUCUGAUUGCUCUGAGGAAAGUAAUGCUGAAGAGAAAUCCUUUGUAUAUAAGCAAGAUCUGAGAGCCUUCAGUACAUGCAACUUUGUUCAAAUCCAGGAAAGAAAUCACAGUAGGGUGAAUACCUAUAUUUGUACGCAACGUGGAAAAAGUUUGAAUUCUCACCAUGAUAUUCAGAAAAAUGAAAGUGUUCACACUGGAACAAAAUCCUAUCUUUGUAAACAUGAUUUGAAAUCCUUAAAUAAUAACAUUUCAUUUGAUAAUCAUGAAAGAACUCACAUUGGGGGAAAACCCUACAUAUGUAAGCAAUGUGGGAAAUCUUUCAGCAAACACACACAAUAUAAAAUGCAUGAAAGGACUCACACUGGGGAGAAACCCUAUGUAUGUAAGCAAUGUGGGAAAGCUUUCAGCACACAAAGUCAUUGUCGAAGACAUGAACGAACUCACACUGGGGAGAAACCCUACGUAUGUAACCACUGUGGGAAAGCUUUCUUGAGACACAGUCAUUGUAAAACACAUGAAAGAACUCACACUGGGGAGAAACCUUAUGUAUGUAAGCAAUGUGGGAAAGCUUUCAGCUGGCGCAGUGAAUGUAAAAUACAUGAACGGAUUCACACUGGGGAGAAACCGUAUGUAUGUAACCAAUGUGGAAAAGCUUUUAGCAGGCAUAGUUCUUGUCAAAUACAUGAAAGGACUCACACUGGGGAGAAACCCUACAUAUGUAAGCAAUGUGGGAAAGCUUUCAGCCAUCACAGUGGAUGUAAAACACAUGAAAGGAUCCACACUGGGGAGAAACCUUAUGUAUGUAAGCAAUGUGGGAAAGCUUUCAGAACACACAGUCAUUUUAAAACACAUGAAAGGACUCACACUGGAGAGAAACCCCAUGUAUGUAACCAGUGUGGGAAAGCUUUCAGCAGGCACAGUGAAUGUAAAAUACAUGAAAGGACUCACACUGGGGAGAAACCAUAUACGUGCCAGCAAUGUGGGAAAGCUUUCAUGACACAGAGUCUUUGUAAAAUACAUGAAAGAACUCAUACUGGGGAGAAACCCUAUGUUUGUAACCAAUGUGGGAAAGCUUUCAGCAGGCACAGUUCUUGUCAAAUACAUGAAAGGUCUCAUACUGGGGAGAAACCCUAUAUGUGUCAGCAGUGUGGGAAAGCUUUCACGACACAGAGUUAUUGUCAAAUACAUGAAAGGACACACUGGGGAGAAACCGUAUGUAUGCAGCCAAUGUGGGAAAGCUUUCAGGACACGCAGUGAAUGUAAAAUACAUGAAAGGAUCCACACAGGGGAGAAACCUUAUGUAUGUAAGCAAUGUGGGAAAGUUUUCAGCAGGUGCAGUGAAUGUAAAAUACAUGAGAGGACUCACACUGGGGAGAAACGUUAUGUAUGUCAGCAGUGUGGGAAAGCUUUCACCACACAACGUUUUUGCCAACUACAUAAAAG